AUGGCAAGUGGAGAAGAUACAAUGUUUAUCGUCGAUGAAGUAUCUCAUAUAGUAAAAGACGUCAUUGAACGAUUGAUUGGUACUAAUUCAUAUCAACAUGAUAAAGUUACUCGAUGGACAGUUGAUAUUGUUGAUCAAAUACUAACUGAAUUAACUAUUUUAGAUAAACGAUUUAAAUAUAUUGUACAAGCAGUAAUAAUGCAAAAGAAUGGAUCAGGUUUACAUUCAGCCAGUUCUUGCUAUUGGAAUGAUAUAACUGAUGGUAGUUGUACACUUCGUUGGGAAAAUAAACAUAUUUAUGCUAUUGUUUCCGUCUUUGGCUUGUCUAUUUAG